CUAUGGAACGGACUAUAGAUAGACUGACCACGUGAUUGGCCAGAGCCCGCGGAGCCCGGCACGCUCCAGCGUCAGUCAUUAACUAUAGCUCGAUAGGAUAACAUGCAACUGUAGAUUGUGUAUUAAACUGUUAAAUAGACAUAGCCUUUUGUACUUGCCUUCACCCUUGUGUUGACUUUACAUUAGCACUACUACAAAUAUAAAACAUGAUGUCAGAAAAUAGACGAAUUACGUAGUCCUGUGACAGUGAUCUUGACAUUAUUUGGACUUAAUUCAUAACAGCGAAAUAUGAAUAUGUCAGGAAUUACACCUCCGUGCAUGGAUUGGGACAGUACAAACCUCCCGGAGGCGUGGGAAAGGUUCAAGCGACACGUGGAACUCAUCUUCACUGGACCUUUGAGCUCCAAAUCAGAGAUAGAGAAAGUGUCAUAUCUUCUCUUGUGGAUAGGCGACAAAGGCCGCGACGUUCAUCAAGCGUGGACUCUGACUGAAGCCGAGAAAAAGAGCCUGAAAUCCAUUUACAAGAAAUUUCAAGCUCACGUCCAGCCAAAACUCAACCCAAUUUUCGCGCGCUUCAGAUUCUACAACGAAGUUCAAGGAGCUGACACUAUCGACAAAUUUGUCACUCGACUACGACUACGCUCACGUGACUGUAAGUUCAACGCAAACGAAGACGAAAUGAUCAGAGACAGGAUCGUUUUCGGCACGAACAAUUCAAGAAUAAGGGAAAAACUCAUCAAUGAAGGAGAGAAGCUAACGCUUGACAAAGCACUCCAGAUAGCUCAAAGCUUUGAGUACUGCCAGACUCAAAUGGCAACCAUGAAUUUGACGUCAACGCAAACGGACACACCGCCAGUCACCCCAACACCCGUGGACGCCAUACACAGACGUAACGGACGUAAGCCACCGGACAACCACCAACAGCAGCGCCAACCACCACAGCAGCGCCAACAACAACGUUCAUAUCAACGAUAUGAGAAAUCAUGUGACAAUUGCGGACGAGUGCACGGACCUACCAAAACUCAGUGCCCAGCAUUUGGCAAAUUGUGUAACAAGUGCCAAAAACAAAAUCAUUUUGGACAUAUGUGCAGAAGUAACCAGAAUUACCACAAAUCUGUACAUGACAUUGACGCUAGUGCUGUAGACGGUGCAUGUGGAUAUUCAUGUGACACACCGGAAUACUACAUCGACAUGAACGAGGAAGAUGUUCUAUAUCUAUGGAACGGACUAUAGAUAGACUGACCACGUGAUUGGCCAGAGCCCGCGGAGCCCGGCACGCUCCAGCGUCAGUCAUUAACUAUAGCUCGAUAGGAUAACAUGCAACUGUAGAUUGUGUAUUAAACUGUUAAAUAGACAUAGCCUUUUGUACUUGCCUUCACCCUUGUGUUGACUUUACA